AUGUGGUGUUUUUUAUAUUUUCUGUUGACUGGUCUUGUAGAUGUAUUGAUGGCUAAACCUCUUGAACUAUCAGGGGCCCUGCCAUCAACUUUGGUGUUACCAGUGAUGUUACCAGUGAUAGCCAGUUUGGUAGUUACUAUUUUCUUUAUGUCUUUGUGUGUAACUUGCAAGAAAAAAUCUGCUACCGUUUCUCCACAGGUGAAACAAGAUCGUAAUGUAAGACGAACCAGUAUCAGAACAUAUAGUAUACAAUCUGAAGAUCUAACGCCUGUCAAUACAACAUAUUUGAACACGGAUACUAAAUCCAAGACAAUAACUCGUAAAAUCAGUCAAACAGAACGAGUACGAGUCAAACAACCUGCAACUAUAUUUGAAUAG